CCAACGAAUUAUUCAUCACUCGAGCCCAUUACAUAAUAUCUCUCGAAAGCCCAAAGCGAGUCUAGAAUCCCCUAGAAACAUCUCUACUCCAGAUCAAACAGCCCGAUCAGAGACGACGAGAACUUUCUCCAUUGAUCGAUCUUCAGAUCCUCCCUGGAGAAGAAAAGAAAAGAAGACACCAGAAGUCACUGGACCAACGACGCCUUUCCAUCUGCGUUCAUAUAAAUAGCUGUAGCCCCCCUUUCAAUUACCCACAAUCGAAUUCAGCAAAUCAAUCUGAGAGAGCAAUCAGUUCGAGCAAUCCAAUCAAGCAAGCAAAUCUUCUUACUUCCCCCAGUCUUACGAAAUUCAAAAUGUCGCUGAUUCCAAGCUUCUUCGGAAACCGCCGCGGCCGCAGCAGCGGCGCGUGGGAUCCAUUCUCGGCUCUGGACGCCUUCGAUCCCUUCAGGGACUUCCCGAUCAACUUCCCCUCGUCGGCGGCUGUCAUCCCUGGCGGCGGCGGGGAGAACACCGCGUUCGUGAACACGAGGAUCGACUGGAAGGAGACGCCGGAGGCGCACGUGUUCAAGGCGGACCUGCCGGGGCUGAAGAAGGAGGAGGUGAAGGUGGAGGUGGAGGACGACAGGGUGCUGCAGAUCAGCGGGGAGAGGCGCGUGGAGAAGGAGGACAAGGACGACACGUGGCACCGCGUGGAGAGGAGCAGCGGGAAGUUCGUGAGGAGGUUCCGGCUGCCGGAGAAUGCUAAGAUGGAUCAGAUCAAGGCCGGGAUGGAGAACGGAGUGCUGACGGUGACGGUGCCCAAGGCCGAGGUCAAGAAGGCCGACGUCAAGGCCAUCGAGAUCUCUGGUUAAUUCAUCUCCGUCCUUAAUGCUUGUGGUCUGAUGUUAAUCAAUAAUGGGAGCUGUGAUCUAGGGUUUGGUAUGUGUAUCAGUGUAUGAUUUAAGUGUUUGGUCUCUUUUUGCUGGUAAUGUAGCUAGCUGGUGCUCCAGUAAUCAACGCUAAAGUUCACUACUAGUUAUUUGACCCGCGCUCUGCUAUGGAAAAAUUAAGAGUUUCAGACUUAUGUAAUUACUAUUAUCUCGUGCUUUGUAUUGAAAUCUAAAUCUUCUUUUAUAAAACAAUCGAUAUAAAAUGAUGAAACUCUUUAAGUCCAAAGAAAUUUAUACAACGUGAUGAUGAAACUCUUUAAAUUCAAAGAAAUUUAUACAACGUUCGCACACUCUUAUUAUCUUCCAACAUUGCAAAUAUCCUUUCUAAUCUACCAUGCAAAUAUCCUUUCUAAUCUACCAUUAGGUGCUCAUGAUAUGAUUGAUUCUUCUAAGCAUGGUAUUCAUGUCUAGUUUUGAGUGCAUAAAUAUAAGGUUUUGAAAUUUUAAUAUGAAAUGCUAAACGAAAAUGGUUGCACCUUGGAGGUAGAUCUAAGGCAAUCUCAAUUCUCAUGUGACUUAAAUCUGUCACUGUCACGACUAAUUUGAUAUGCCCGGUCACUUGUCAUAACAGCGAACUCGAAAUAAAACCAAUAACAAUUAGCAAAAAUAAAUAAUUCAAAAAUAUUGAAUAAAAAAAUAAUUACAUUAAUUCAAAAUUAAAAAAUUUUAUUUCGGGUUCGCUCACGUGGCAAGUGAUCUGGCGCUUGACUAACGGUCAAUGAAGUUGACCGUCCAAUUUGACGGUCAAAACUCGCUCAGAGUCAAGUAAAAAGGUAUGGUGCAUAGUUCGGAUUAGAAGAGUAAUUUCAGAAACCACGGACUAAAACGGCAAGUUUGAGUAUAAUUCAUAUAUUAACUAUUAAGUAUUCAACAAAAAAAAAAAAGGUAUUAAGUAUUAACCCUAAUAAAAAAAAUACAGAAAAUGACAGCAAUCAAUCAACCCCAUAGAUUUAAUUAAUCAGAAAAAUUCUCCCCAUUGAUUGGACAUUAACAAACGCUGUUUUGAUGUUCUGGGAAGGGGUUGUUGGGUUUUGGAUAUUGAGCUGUUUUGUUUCGGCUGAUUCUUUCUUCAGCUGCUUGCUGCUGGAUUUGUUUCGUUGUAAUUUUCCUUUUUAAUAAAACUAUUUCGCCAUU